GCAUUCAAUGUAUUCCUGUCGUCCCUGGCAUUCCUGGAAGCUGGAGCCGGUUGCCAUCAGAUCUAUUGAACCUGGCUGACUGACAAGAAUGGACUCUGGAUGAUGCAGCGAGCAAGCCCAUGACCAGCGGUAUCAGUGCCAUUUCUCCUAUCAUCCGUGCUUUAUGCGAUCACGACCCGCGAAUCAACGAUCUCACGACAUAGCCUAUGUUCUCCAUGAACGUUGGCAAAUUACCUGCCAUCCCCGUUGCACACCGGUUUGUCUCUUCUCGGAUAAGACAUUAUCCGGUAGUUUUUUGAGGUGCGCUUGCGGCGGUAGUCCUGGAUUUGACAUCCACCAGGGUUGUCAUGUUCGUUGCCGCUGGUCAACCAGAACGCUGUGUCCAACCGUCUGGACUUGGUCGGAUAUGCUCCAGGAAGUUUCGUGCGCGUGCUUGGUUGGUCGCUUGAAGCAAAUGAUCCAGAUCAUUCGAAUUCAUCGGGUUCCUUUCGAAUGGAUGUUCCAGCACCUGGUACUCUCGUCCUCAUAUCGACCAUUUCUGCCGGAGUCCUGGAUCCGCGAUCAUUCAGGUGAGAUAUUGACGUGCUGGGAUAUGUCUGUCUCGACUCAACUGCCACAGCCAUCAGAACACCACACCACACCAGGUAUCUCAUUCCGUCAGUGAGAUCUUGAGCAGACGCAACGCUCAGAAGUCAUUUGUAUCGAAGAGACUAGCCAUGAAGGUGAAUUCGAUAGUCGAGCUGGAGUUAUCGCUGGACUCGUGUUCGUCGGUACAUCCAGAUAUUCCUUUG